AUGGCUGCCCCUCCUCUCCCAAACACUAUUCAAGGCUUCAAGGACGCCAUCAUCGAAGUCUCAGACUCGGUGGCUGAGCUGCGAGCUCAUUGUAAGCUUCGAGAAGCUGAAUUGGCCCAGGUUCCAAAAAAUCUGCGGGGAACAAAGACGUUCCAGCUGAAUCGUGCCAAGAACAAGUUGGCGACUACUGAGGCCCACCUUCUUGCACUUGAGGGUGGGCUGAACGCUUUGAUGCAGGAGCUUUAUCCUCCCCCUCCCCUGCCUCCCCCAAGUUCUCCUCCCCCUCGCUAUUCAUUGCGGACGCUUUCACCUCCGCGCUCUCCACCCCCUCGCGAUCCAACACCAAACCCUCCUCCUCCGCGCUCUCCACCCCCUCGCGAUCCAACACCAAACCCCCCUCCUCCGCGCUCUCCACCCCCUCGCGAUCCAACACCAAACCCUCCUCCUCCGCGCUCUCCACCCCCUCGCGACCCAACACCAAACCCUCCUCCUCCGCGCUCUCCACCCCCUCGCGAUCCAUCACCAAACCCCCCUCCUCCGCGCUCUCCACCCCCUCGCGGUCCAUCCCCAAACCCCCCUCCUCCGCGCUCUCCAUCCCCUCGCGAUCAGUCUCUUAGUCCCCAUCCUCCGCGCUCUCCACCCCCUUGCGAUCAGUGUCUUAGUCCAUCCCAAUCUCUCCGGGACUUCGAACUUAAGCCUUCAGAGGACGACAUUUGGGAGUUCAACACUUCCCUAUAUUCACGCAUUGGCCCGCUCGUUGAUGAGGACGCCGAGGUCGAUCAAGACUUCCAGACAGAGGAGGAGAUGGUGGAGCUGUUGGAUAACAUCCGAUUGGCAAUCGAUGGCCAGGGCGAGGUUAGGGAUGCGUCGCAAGAUGAGCUGCUCCUCAAGAUCAUUGACGAUAACGAGAACAAGUGUAAUUUUCGAGGGUGGGAGCUCUACACACGGGCCAGGGACAUUGUUGAGGAAUACGACGACAACGGUUCCCUUUCUUUAUACCACGAUCGGAACGACCUUCUGAGGCGACUGGCAAAGGUGAUGCUUUACAAACGGCGUGCAUCGACGGCGAAGGGAAAGGGCAAAGGAAAGGGAAAGGCCAGGGCACGAGAGGAGAAGGACAAUGACGAGGAGGAGGUGGUGGAGGAGGAGGAGGAGGUGGUGGUGGUGGUGCCCAAGAAGAGGAAGAAGAAGAGCGUCAAGACCAAGGAGGAGGAGGAGGACGAAGACGAGAUGCUUGAUCGUCGAUUCGAAAAUGGUGGCAACGCCCUCGCCAAUGCCCUGACUCGUGGGCAACACAUCCCACACAGUCAGCGUUGGGACGCCCGUCGCUGGGCCGAGUUUUGGCCCCGGUAUGGAACGUCAUCCAUGAUCAUCGCAAUGGAGACGUUUAUCCAGAUGGGGGGUAGAACUCGGUGCCACUUCCACACGCUGUCUGAUCGAUCCUCGAAGAAGAACGACAGCGAUAUGCCCGAUAGGGUGACGGGCGUCCACUACGGACCCGUUGAACAGCCUGUUGCCGACGAAGAGCUUAUCGAGCGGAUCCCCGACACCAUAUCAGGGUCCAAGUCGCACGUCUACCCCAAGUGGAACGCUGUCCAGAGGCCUGAGAAGGGCCCUACACAUGUCAACGGCAUCUCUGUGGAGGAGUUGCUAGAAUUCUUUCCCCUCUCCGACGAUGGAAGGCACUACCUUCACUGUGGAUGCGAUCUCAAGGAGGCUCUCACCGACUUCUUCCUGUGGAAGAAAUACCCGUACGUGAGGUCGCGGCAGUCCAAUAAGGAGGAGUUGUUUGGGAUGCCUGUUAACCCUCGUAUUCGAACGUGGAUGUACAGGAUCCUCAAGGACCUCCGCUUCCAUGUUCACGACGCUUACGAAUACGACACUGACGGGAAGAGGCGAACCAAAGUCGACAUUGUUACGGCAAGGAUCAAGGCUCUUUGGGCAACGAUCGAGAACGACGUUGAGGUGGGGGAGUCGCUGAAGCUGAGGGGAAAGAAGGUUGUGGUGGACGAGGAGAUGGACCAACCUCCUGCCUCAAAACGCCGUAAGAUCUAG